AACAAAGGACUUUUUUGGAACAUAAAUGCAUACAGUAGAUAGAUGCUUUUGUAAUUUGUAAAUCCCAUAAUAGCUUGAGCCAGCCACGCCCCAUUACUUCUGCAGGAUUGCCAUGAUGGGAGGAAGAUGGUCCGCAACAGAAGAACAAGACAAACUAGAAGAGGAGGACGAGGACGAAAGCUACGAGAGGCUACACCUGCUGAGGAGACACCUCUUCCCUCUCUGUGACGACGAGGAAGUCCUGCGAGUCGCCCUCAAAGAUAAAGUCCCCUCAUUGGUUUACAAGGCUGACAAUGGUUUUCGAUUGUACAUAGGCUCUGCAUUCCAUGCUCAGGAUCUACCAUGUCUACAUGAGUUGGGCAUAUCCCGUAUUGUCAACAUGGCCGCUGGGUCUCUCAUGACUUCACAGGAGCUGUAUGGUGAAAGCAUUACCAUUCUACUCAUCACUGCUGAGGACAUGGAGUCUUAUGAUCUCUCUCAGCAUUUUGAUGAAGUAACGGAUUUUAUUGAUAAAGGGAAGGAGGAAGGAGCUGGAGUGUUUGUACACUGUAUGGCUGGUGUGAGUAGAUCAGUCACCGUAUCUGUUGCUUUCUUAAUGAAAUAUUGUAAUAUGACACUAUCAGAAGCUGCAAGACAAGUCCACAGUAACAGACUCCUUGCUUGUCCUAAUGUUACUUUCAUGAGAAACUUGUUUAACCUUCAGAAGCAAUUAAAAGAAGAAAAACAAAAGAAGGUCCUGGGGAAAUCUUGAUAGAAGAAUCACACAUUAAUUCGCUGCACACCAUUAUAUUAUAAUUAUUUAAAUUAAAUUAAUUAUUGUUGAUAAAAAUUAUUGUUUUUUCAGUUCACAAUAACAUUUUAAU